AUGUCCAUUCAGGACAGAUUUCCUAAGAGUGGUUGGCGCCGCAUCGGCGCCGUCAACCUGCUCUUGAUCUUUUUCUCUGCGCUCGUGCUGCUGGGGUGCGUCUUGGCCAAUGUUUUCGCAUCCCCACCGCGACCCAUUUCGACAGCGAGAAUCUUAUAUCAGGGCGACUGUACUGCUGCCAGCCGUAUCAACUUGGUAUUGCACCUUUUUAUCAACGUUCUUUCGACCUGUGUCCUUGCAUCAUCCAACUUCUUUAUGCAAAUUUUGAGUGCGCCAUCUCGCAAAGAAAUCGACAAGGCCCACCAGGUUCUAUGUGGCUUGGAAAUCGGAGUGCCGUCGUUAAAGAACAUCUUCUUUCUCUCUAAUUUUAAACGGAUCGUAUGGUUUGGGCUGUUUCUUAGUUCUGUACCCGUCCACCUACUUUUCAAUAGCGUCGUUUACGAAACGAAUUUCGAGGGCUCCAGCUGGCAUCUCGGCAUCGCGACCGAAGCAUUCGUGGAGGGAACGGGGCAUUAUUUUGGUCCAGGGGCAUCUUUGUCCCCAUCUGGCUUUCCUGGGCCUACUUUCAAUAACAAUAUGACUAACAUAUGGUACGGCCUCGGCGAGCAGAUUAACUUGGCUCAAUACUGGGACGAUUCGUCACCCGCCAAUCAGACAAUGAAGGUGGUUGAGAGUGCAGUUGCAGGGUGGAAAAACCUUACACCCAGCGAGUGUUUCUCCGAAUACAGAUUCUGCAAGCCGAGAAAAGAAUAUCGCAACAUGACAGUCGUUGUUGAUGGCGUGGGUCCUGGAUGGGUUCGGUCAGAAAUUUUCGAUUUCGACACAAACAGCAAUCUCAGCCAGCUUUGGGAUGCACACAUUCCUCCCCGUGUCGCCAACUCCCUGUGGCGUUCACUUUCCUGUUUCAACCAAAGAGUACCUGAUGAACGGUCCUCAGACGACGGAUGUAACCAGUACGGUCAAUGCGCAGGAGUGCUUGGGGAUCCCACAGCACAUGCCUGGGUGAAUACUACAACCCUAUCAGGUUCGAUCUGGACCAUCCCUGUGGAGAGCUUUCAGUCUUCGUAUCCAACGAUAUACGGGUUCAAUCAAUCUUUCAGCCACUUGAAUGUGGCGUAUUGCCUUGCAGAGCCGAACCCGGACUACAAGUGCAAGGUCGGUGCCUCUACCUCUCUGCUUCUGGUCGUGGCCCUGUGUGUGUUUGCCAAGGUCUUCCUGGGUGCUUUGACCCUCUGGAAGAUCCCACACACUUCACUUGUCACGCUUGGCGAUGCGAUGGAAUCGUUCAUCUCAUGUCCUGAUGCAAAGACGGUUGGGUUAGGUACAAUCAACAUCAGGGACAGCCGGCGAAUUGAAUUUCAAAAACAAACACUGGGAUCAACCCAGUAUCUGAUCCAUGGACCCAGACCACGCCGAUGGCAUGGUAUCACUCGCCGAUAUGUCAAGUCGGUCAUAUCUAAAGGCGUGUGGAUACGCACCUACAGCCUCCUCACAGCCGGCGUAAUUCUGCUCGUGGUUGCUUUGACAAUCUUUGCUACCACCUACGGGCCCAGCUCGGUAAUCCAGGCGUUUGGUUCCUCAGACAAUAACACAGCCGUCAACAUAUUCUACGAACCACCGUCAUACGUGACUUUGCUUCUCGCUGCGAAUAGCCCCCAAAUCAUCCUAUCAUUUUGCUAUUUCUCUUUCAAUGCUUUCUUUACUCGUACUCAGACUGAGCAGGAGUGGAACUCGUACAGUCUCGAAUACAAGCCGCUGCGUGUUUCCCACCCUACAGGAUCUCAGACAUCCAGUUAUCGUCUUCAACUACCGUAUAGAUACAGCUUGCCGUUGCUUGGUGUUAGCAUUGGCCUUCACUGGAUCUUAUCGAACGCAAUAUUUAUCUACAUCGUUGAAGGGAAUUUCUGGGACUCUUCUUAUAUAAGCUAUUCAUUUGACCUGCAAGAGUUGGGAGUCUCAGAAGACGCCUUGGUUGCUAUGGGGGUUUCAGGGUUGGCUUUGCUGAUUAUGACUCUCGUCUCCGCCCUCUUAUGUUGCAUACCAAUAGCUUUCAGCUACAGAAAGGUCCCGGGGACCAUGGUAGCUGGUGGAUCGAAUUCUUUGGUUUUGUCUGCCGCAUGCCACGCCUCUGUGAUGGCAAGAAGACACUGGGAACUUACGAAUACCUCCGAUAGUGCCGUUAGGGAAGGAUCUGCAUAUGAAGAAUCUAAUGACGGCAAUGGUCAGGUUCAAAUGCCUGCGCCAUCUAUGAACUUCACUAGGGGUCAACAGACAGCCGCAGUUCAGGGAUACAAUGCCGCCAUAGAUGCCACGAACGCCGACACGCUGCGCCAGUCCUACCAAUCCUCAAUAACAAUGUCAGAAGAAAAUUAUCAGCCACUGAGGUCAAACAAUCAAAGAGGAACGAGGCCGCCAUUACCCGAACGUGUGUCCCAGACAAGGGCCCAGUUAGACGUUGCCAGUGGCAGUGUUUAUCCGCAGCCUUCUCCCCACUUGCGGGAUAACAACACAGGACCCCUUCUGGGAGCAUAUUACGAACCAAGACCUGGGAAUACUCGAUUCUCAGCUCUGACAACGGGAUAUGCAGAACGAUACGAACGCUCUGUCCAGAUUGACCUCGACAGCAUGCACAAAUAUACACGCUCAGAAACGCAACCUUCUUUGCAGACUGGUCCCUUUAUCAGAACCUACAAUAACGGAGACGGAAAUCAUUCUUCCAGCGUUGACCGCUUUCAAGAAACGCAUGGCGCUCCCCAGGAUUGGCAGGGCCAGAGUAUUCUCAUAGGCAGUGGUGCUUUGGAUGAAAAUGAAGUUGAGCGCUUAUUGGGCGGCAUGAGCUUGAGCGCACGAGAUGAGAAAGAGUCGUUAUUAUUGAGAAAGCUGACCUUGGGCAAGAUCAAAUGGGGCUCUAUGGCCUUGGACUCGCAUCUCCAGGACAGUGUGAACAUGCUGGGUAUUGAUGAACCUGUCAGGCAUCUUGGCAUGGGGACUGAGGAAGAUGAUGUACAGCCUCCACGCCAAGGUCACUGGUAUAUUUGA